AUGAGUAUCCCGGGAGGGAUAUCAUCAAGUAUCCCCCGAUCCAUCGCUCACUCGAGAAUUCUUCCCAGAGCUUGUGACGUCAAAUCCGAGUACGACUACGUUAUUGUUGGAGGAGGCACCUCCGGCCUGACAGUCGCUGAUCGAUUGACUGAGAGCGGCGAGCAUACGGUUCUGGUGAUUGAGCUCGGUUUAUUCGACAACUCGUCUCAGGUAAACACCGUCACGACGGGCCUCUUAUCCUGGCGCAACCAGUCCCACACCUUCAACUUCUCCUCCGUGCCCCAAGAAGGCCUCAACGGCCGCAAAAUCAACGUCAUUGGCGGCGUCAUGCUCGGUGGUUCGACGGGCGUCAACGCCAUGCAGGUCCAUCGCGGCCAGAAGGAGGACUACGACAGAUGGGGGUCCUACUUUAGCAAUGAAUCGGAGUGGAGUUGGGAUGGCUUGCUGCCAUACUUUAAGAAGGCAUGGAACUUCCACCCUCCUACCCCUGAGCUGACCGAGCAGUUCGACAUCAAGUACGACGCGAGCUACUGGGGCAACUCCUCCGGCAUUCACGCUUCCUUUCCGACCUUCCACUGGCCUAUGCUGAAGACCGAAGUUGAAGCCUUCAAAGAGAUCAAAGGCGUCGACUUCCCCGCCGAUUCAGGCGCCGGCGACCCAGGCGUCUUCUGGUACCCAACCUCCUUCGACCCAGCCACCGUGACGCGCUCCAUGGCCAGACGAGGCCACUGGGACGGCAUCGAGGCCGCGCGGGAUAACUACGAGACGAUCACCGGGCACAAGGUGCUCAAGAUCCUUUUUGACGGCGACAGCCAGACCCAGACGGCGGUCGGCGUCUCUUACGUCGAGGCAAACUCCACCACCGCCAAGGGCGCGCGGAUCGUCAAAGCCCGGAAGGAAGUCAUCCUGGCCACGGGAUCCAUCCACACGCCGCAGAUACUGCAGCGUAGCGGCGUGGGAGGGAGGGCGCUUCUUGAAAAGGCUGGGAUCGAGGUCGUCGUCGAUUUGCCCGGUGUGGGACAGAACUUCCAGGACCAUCCUGUUGGUGCUGGGGCUACCUUUACCUUCACCAACUUUGACGUUCAUCCCGAUAUGACCGAUCUCGUCAACAACCAAACUUUCAUCGACGAAGCCAAAGCAGAAUUCGAAGCCAACCGAACCGGACCUCUAACCAUAGGCGCAGGCAACGUCGCAACAUUCCUCCCCUUCCCCGUAAUAGCACCCUCCUUCGACGCCAUCACAUCCGCCUACGAAUCCCAGGCCCCCUCAGCCUUUCUCCCGCCCAACACCGACCGCACCGUACUAGCAGGCUACGCAGCCCAACAAUCCCGCCUCGCGGCAGCACUACGCUCCCCCGGCGCCGCAUUCUACAACUUCUUCCUCCGCGGUGCGCCAACAGAGAGCAAUUUCGUCCUCCUCCACCCGCUCUCCCGCGGCACAAUCCUCCUCAACACCUCAAACCCCUUCUUUUCUGAGCCAAUCGUCGAUUACCGCGCACUGAGUAACCCCACCGAUCUAGCCGUACAAAUCGAGUUUAUCCGCUUCACGAGGCGAUAUUUCCUCGAGUCCUCGACGCUAGCGCGGUAUGCCCCCGUGGAAACUGUCCCUGGCGCGAAUGUGACGAGUGAUGAAGCGCUGGGCGAGGCUGUGAGGCGGAUGAUUAGCCCGACGACAUUUCAUCCUGUUGGCACGGCGGCUAUGAUGCCAAGGGAAUUGGGAGGGGUUGUGGAUGAGGGGUUGGAGGUGUAUGGGGUUCGGGGGUUGAGUGUUGUUGAUGCGAGUGUUAUGCCUGAUUUGCCGGGGGCAUAUACGCAGCAGACUGUGUAUGCUGUUGCUCUGAAGGCUGCUGAUUUGAUUAAAGCCCGGGCGUGA